GCAAGAGUAGCAGCAGCAUCGCCACCGAUCUGCCUUGUCAUCGCCUACAGUUUCACCGCGAUGAUGGUUACACCCUUCUGACGAAGAAGCCGCAGAAGUGGCCCGCCUGUACGCGGGCGGCCUAGCCUCCGAGCUUGGCGUAGCAGCUCCGUUGGGAAACGGAGCUGGUAGGUACCACCGAUCUCUUCCAGGAGGCAGCGGAGCCAGCCAGCCCCGGAGUCCGCAAGGGAGACGGGAAGCACAGGUCAUGGCCACGUCAGAUCCCCGGCACACGGUGGCUGAGCCGCGGGCUGACGAAGAUUGGGUCUUCCUGCAUCACGACGGCGACGGGCAGCGAGAUGGCGACGCCAGAAGGAAUGAGGAAAGCCUCAGGGGUGCGGCUGAGCGGCCAAAAAGCGCACAGGCUACAGAAACAGGCAUGGAGUUGCACCCCUCGGCGUGGACCGAGGAUAGCAUCCGCAGCCUCUAUUUUGAUUUCGCGGGUCUGCGCGGCUUCCUCGACCGCUUCCCUCUGUUGCCGCCCCUGCACGCGUUCCCAGGGGUCUGCGAGCCGUCGCGGGAUGUCGAUAACCCUGCUCGACUGCUGUGGGCUGGCCUCAAGCGCCUGACGCGGAUAUUCCUCAGGGCUGCCGUCUUGUCCUGCGCGGCACGCUUUCUCUUCUGGUCGGCGGCGAAGGCGAGCGUAGUCAAGCGACCGGAGAUGCUGCAACUGCUGCUACUGCUGGCAGUGAUGAAUCUGGGGGCACCACUGGCGCGUAUCGCCACUUGGUAUUCCGAGCUCAUUGCAAUCGUGAAGGCAAUCACCUAUCCCUUACGUCGGCAGAGGCUCCUGCGCUACGUGAUGUUCAUAGAUACAUUGGGGACGCUCACGUACAUCGGCUCAUUUCUGCUGUGGUUUCCCAUGGUGAGAAUAUACACCGAUGUCAAGGCCACGUGGCGCAUACUCUUGCUCCACUUCCGAGAGGUGUACACCACGGAGUUUGACGGAAUCGGCGAGAUCAUACGAGAAUACCUCGCGGACGGAUAUUCACCGGCUGGCUAGGAGUGGACGGCGAGCGACUACACUAGCAGAGCGCUGCUGCAGCGGAUCGUGCAAAUCCUGCCCCCGAACGGGUGGUGACCGGACAGUGGUUGCUUUACCUGGCCGUCAGAUUCCGGAAGCCAGAUGCGGCGUCUAAGGAGCGAGACACCGCGGUGCUUCUGGGGCUACUUCCCGUAAAAUUGUUUUUCACUUGCACUAAAUUGUUACAGAGAGAAAGAAAACUGGUUUUCGGCACGGACAAACAUGUACACGAGUAUGCGAAUGUUCAUAAAUAUUUUUACCUUGCU